GCCUUUAGAUGUGUACCGAGUACGUUCUCGAGUUAUACGGUGCGAAAGUUUAGUUUUUCGCAGUGUACUGUACACGUAUACGAGUAUACGGCUUUGCGGAAUUCUGUAAAUUUUUCCACUCCUUUCAGCCCCUGCUUUCGGCCAUCCGCCCGCUGCUGCGUUCGUUCUCGAUUCAUAUUUCGAUGUGGUAAAUGCCAACCCGUCUCCGUCUGGCGAGUAAAUUUCAUCCCAUCCGUUGUCCGCGCCGUUAGACCUUUUUCAGUUGUAAUCGCGAGUAAGUGGCAGAUCGUCACUUUGUGUUUUUUCGCCUUAUACUCUUUGAAAAAAAUUAUACGAGUAUAUAGUUUUUCUUCCUCUUGUUAUUUUCGCGUUCUUGUAUCGAAUACGGCGACGGUAUUUUUAACGAGCAGGUCGCCGUGUAAUUAGGUACGACAUGAUAGGCACUUUUUGGAAUUUAUGUCGCGCCUGUCCGUCCAUGCCUAUUGAUAAGAAUCGUUCCGAAUAUCGAAGUACUUACCAGUGGUAUGAAUAUACGGGGCCUCGACAGGAAGUAGUCAAGCAAGCUCCUCAGCUUACGUCACCUACCAAACCCGAAGAUACGACGUUCAAAGGCGGCAUCCAAGCGACGUUAAUUAAUAUUAAUAAAAACCCCGACGGAGCGAAACGUACCACCAAAGAUGGCGUCGACGGCGUUCAACCCGAAGUGAAUAUUAAAAAGAAUCCUAUUUAUGGUAAAAAAGACGCGGAUUUUGUAGAAUGCAAUAAACAAGAGAAAACUAACGAGAAUUCAGCUGUACGAGUAAGAUCGGCUCGAAACGAUAAACGCGACUACGCUCCGUCGCGUCGAAGCAAAUCCGAAGGUCCUCCUGGUGCGAGGUAUCGUACAGCCUAUGGAUCGCCGUCUCCUGAUUUCGUCGACGAUUUCGACACCGAUUACGUGUUAAUUAGUAACUACCCGGAAGAUUAUGAUACAGACACGGCGGGCAUACCAGUAAAGGGUGUUCGAGGGAACACCGAAUACAGGCUGCAGUUCGCCUGGCCUAGAUCCAAUAAAAAUGAACCGCAAGAAGAGCUGAAAGCGGCUGGUAGCGUUACCAGGAGAUCGGCGUUUAUGGCACCGGUCACCAGUGGACACGAACGUCCUCCUGUACCUGUACAUAAGAAACGAUUUUUAGAUACCGAUAAAAAAGACGGAGCUGCUGAACUCGAACCGUUGGUAGAUCAUAAUGGCGAAUGUGAUAACGAUGAGAAACGCGAGAAGAAUCAAAACAACGAUAGACUCGAAUUUUAUAGCGAAUAUAAGAAGAAAUUUAGACCAUUUUCGCAGUACGAUUACAUCGCUGGAAAAUUCCUAGCGCGAGAUAAUAGUGUCACGCCGGCUUCGAGUCUGACUACGGCCUCGUGGUAUUCUGAAGUUGUAGAGUUAAGGAAAAAAGCCGGAGAGUACAAGCAUCGUGGCUGGGGCACCGAAUUGGUUCCGCAACACUUGGCCGAAGUGUACAAUAAACAGAUCGCCUUAUGGGAACAUGUUAGUCGUCGUAGCUCGCUUUCUGCUCUAACUUUAGCAACAACCACGCAGAAACCUAGAGCUCUUACAAAGGAAGAAAAGGGUAAAGAAAAUUCCAGGAAACUCGCACCUCAUAGAUUACGUGAUGUCUCCAGGCAAACAUCCGUCGAUAGAUCGGCAUCAGUUGCUCGUAAAAAGACUGAGAAAAAUGAAGAAAUCAAACGACAUUCAGCCAAGUUACACAAAGAAGGCGCAUCGAAAAGCGCCGAAAGACCAGCAUCAAGCGCCGGAACACCUACUUCAACGUCCACAUCGUUAGGACGGUCUCAUCCUGUCGGUGGCUCGCCUAAAAAAUUCGCCUCGUCCGGUCCAGCUUCGGCAAGCUCGCCGAAGAAAAGUGUCGUGGGACAGACAGAGUCAAGGGCUAGACCGACAACAUUAGCAACUAACGCCCAAUCCCGCAUUAAACGUGAUACGAGCGCUUCAGCUAAAAAGAAUAGAGAGUUGCUUAAACAUAAGUACUCUCCGGCAUCUGUGAAAAUAAUCGAUCCGACUGGCGAUAAGAAAGACGCCGGCAAAUCAGCCGCCGCCGAUCGAGCUAAAACCGAAGAGGAUGACGGGACGACGCAGACGGCCAGCAAAGAUGCCGAAGAUACGAUCGAAGUCGAACGAAUUGUAAAGUCGCCCCCGGAACCGACUCGGGUCAAGUCGCCCGAACAAAUGAUGGUCAAGUCGCCCGAACCAGUAAAUUGGACUGUGCCUUUGGAUACCGGAAAAACCUUCACGGUGACGCAGAACAUUCACGACGGCGAUUUGUAUCAUCACAGACCCCCAAGUGAGGCGAGAAUUUUGAGUACGUUACAUCACGGACCUCAUUCAUUAGACAGCCAGAAUAUAACGAGUCAUAAAAGUCUGGACGACUCUCAACCGUCCUCAUUAGAUGCAAAAUUGGGCGACCUCUCGCUGAACGCAGACGUCCCUAACAUCUUGAACGGCUCCACUUCCACCGACUUACCAUCAUCGCUGUCGACCACGACAACCACAGCAAAAUCUGACAACGAAGACGAUCACCAACAAACCACCGUAUCUGCGACUCCAGUCGCCGACAAUGGCACCUUGGACGUGGUGACUAAAGCCAACGGCAACAGCAAGUACACCGAAGAAGAAAAACCAGCCACUUCGCCGGUUUCAGAACAUAGCGAUUCUAAUCACAGAUCGAUUACCGAAGAAGCACCUUCACCAGCAGCAGCAGUAGCUCCUCUUAGUUUGGGAUCCACCUCAACGGAGGUAUUGGAUUCGGCUCGCAACAGAUUCGAAGAAUUUUGGAGUAAACCAAAGUACGAAUUGAAUGGUAAAGAGAGUUCUAUGUAGAACGUACACGAUUUCGCGUUUCGCCUUUUUCUAUUUCACGUCGUUUAAGAAAGAAUACCUACCUAAUUUUUUUUUAAAUGCUCUUUUUACUAAUCCGCCAUUUUAUUCUACAAUAUCUACGUGUCGUGUGUGGAUAUCCAAACGAGAAAUUUCCGAACGCGAAUUUUUUGAAAUCGCCAUUGCUUUUCGUCAAUUAGAUUUUUAAAACUGAAAAAAGCACAGAUAUUUGUCGUCUCGCAGGCAAAAUACAUAUCAAAUGUGCUGGUCUUGUUGCGUCCCUUUCCCAUCCUCCUACGUUUUCUUCAACCAAGCCGCCUAUUUCAAAGAAAUUCGUGUCCAUAGAGCAAUAUUGCGUCCUUUAAAUAAUUUUAUAUUAUUCUCAUUUUUUCUUCUUUUUUUUUUUUUUUUUGUAAAAAAAAUGGUCGAUUUCAUUGCGAUGUUUUUUCCACCACCAUCACCACCUAAUCAGAUGCAGCAGCAGCAGAGUUGAAGAAUAUAUCGCUCGUGACGCUACGAGCUGUGUACUUGUCUCUGUGAUUAUUUUUUCCUUUUUGUUUUUAUAUAAUUUGAGAAUCGUACCGGCAUAUAGAUGCAUCGAUCGCGUUCAAUAUGGCUGUGUUUUUUCGUUGGCUAAGAAUCCUGUAUACCUACCUGUCCCUGGACUAUACCCGAUGAUGGCCUCCUGCCCUUAUCCCAAUUUUAUCACCGUUGUUCUUCGUGACGUUGUUGUGUUGUGGUGUUUGCCUACCUAUGCCAUUUGAUGGCGAUGAUUAUUAGGGGUAUUUUAAUCAUCAUCGAAUUGAAUCCGGAGUGAAUUCGAGUGGUUGGUUGCAAAGUUGUUUGUUUCUUUAUGUGUUUGUUGAUGUGUGUGUGUGUAUGUGUAUUCAUCUAUUAUUUAUACCUUAUACACGUUUACAUAGUUUGUAUAUUAUUUUAUAUGGUAUUUAAAAAAAAAUCCCGCCAUUGCAAACACCGUUCACACCUUUCUGUGAUGCUUUAAAACGAUAUCCGUUUGUGAAAUUCCAAAACGUGGCGACGAUUUUGGGCAUAUUGACCGAAGAGGUGUAAAAAUAUGACUCGGAAUACGUCCCAGCUCCCAGUCCAUCUGUGUUGGGGAAUUUUCUUCGUAUCGGAUCGUUAUGCGAAGCUUGAAAAAUAUUACUUUUUACAUGUUCCUUAUUUUUAACGCGUAUUACUCCGGUCUCGCAAUUCACUGAAGCUUUCUACCACCUUUUUUUUUGAUUUUGAAAAAACAAGAAAAAUAGAAGCCGCUUCAAGAGGUUUUUUCUGCCCUCGAAAGUGUGUGUUGUUGAUUCGUGAUAGAACCAGCUAAGUUGUGUAAUAAGAUUGUAAAAUAUAUUGAUAUGACUAUACGUAGAUUUUAAGUACAUGUAAUAUGUUUUUUUUUUGUUUUUGGAAAACGAGUAACGUUGUCUUUAUUUUACAUUAAUUACCAUUGCUACAUAUUUUACAUUUUACGCGGCAGCUCUUCUCUCGGUGUAUUUUUGCGGACAGAGUAAAAGUAUGAACCGAAAUUUUAACUUGUAAUAAAUGUUUUGAAAUAUUUCA